AUGAAAUCAACGGCGUUUCUCGCCCUCUGCGGCAGCGUCCUGGCCACUGCCAGCCCCAUUCUUCAGGCCCGCAAGCUGUACACCAAGACGGAUAUCGUGGUCGAAUGGGUCACCGUCACGGUCACUGAGGGCGAUUCUUCCACCGUUUUCCAACGCCCCAAAGCGCACCAUACCGCGACGACGAUUACCAUCGUUCCGGCUCCCAGCACCACCUCGGUUGCUCCGCCGCCUCCCCCGACUACCUCUUCUACUUCUCAGGCCGUUGUCCAGCCUCCUCCCCAACCCACUCCUGAGCCCAGCCCUGAGCCCAGCCCUGAGCCGAGCACCCAGGCUGCUCCGGUAGUCCAGUCGCCACCGUCCGUAGUCCAAGUUGCCAAGGUUUCGACCUCGGCUGCUCCCUCGCCUGCCCCUGCCAAGACCAGCUCGGCCUCGGUCGCCCAGCCCUCCGACUUCCAGAGCACGGCUCUUUACCACCACAACGUUCACCGUUUCAACCACUCCGCUGGCGCCCUUGAGUGGAGCGACGAGCAUGCCCAGUAUGCCGAGACUCUCGCUAAGACAUGCGUGUUUGAGCACAACACGAAAAUUGGUGGCGGAGGCUACGGCCAGAACCUCGCCAUGUGGGGUUCCACAGCCGAUCCGGAGGCCGUCGGCGCCACUGAGUCGGUGGCGCGUGCGGCAAGCAACGGCUGGUACAACGGCGAGAUCAACCUCUUCCCGUCAAGCGAGUACGGCAAGGCCACUCCGGACAUGACCCACUUCGAGGACUGGGGUCACUUCUCGCAGCUCGUCUGGAAGGGCACCAAGAAGGUUGGCUGCGCGUCGGUGUUCUGCCAGCCAGGUACUCUCUCGAGCAUGGGCUCUUGGUAUACCGUCUGCAACUACUACCCUGCCGGCAACGUCGGCGGCGCUUACGGUGACAAUGUUGAGCCUCCUCAAGGUCAAUCCACUGUUACCGCUGCCUAA